AUGGCUGGGCACUUGGGCAGAGAGUUAGAUCGUCCCUAUCCUUUCCCUGUCCAAGGGCUUCACCUUGGCAACAUCCCUGCUGUUCCUCACCAUGAAGCUAGUGGAGGCUUCUUGCCUGAAGCCUUCAGUGGGGCAGCCCCUGGGCAGGGAUUUGGGUUCAGGCCCGACUACGGGCCUCCGGGAGGGAUGCUCGAGUCCCACCCUGGCGGAGGAGAAGCUCCCCGGACUUGGUACCCCUUCUCUGCUGGAGAUGCCUGGAGCCACCAUCCCGGGGUGAUGAUGGGGGCUUACGGGGUCCCUCAGCCCGGGGAAGCUGCUUGCCAAGGCCCAAAGCCUGACAUCAAAGUGGAGCCUGACUUUGAGCAGCCGGGGCCCUCCUAUGUGCACACCUGGGCAGGUGGCUGCCUUGUGCCGAACCCCUCGGCCUGCAUUGCGCCUGGAGAUAGCGGUGGAGCUGCUUCACCCGGCGAGGAGCCCCAGCGCUCCAGCAGCCCCGCUAGCCAGGAUGAUGAUCUGGGCAGCCUGACUGGCAGCGAGGAGACCAGUCCCCAGAGUAAUGGUAGCAGCAGCCCCGGUGGGCAGGCAGCCUCUGCAGAAGUCAAGGAGGAUGGUGGUGGCGGCGGCAGCGGAGAUGAGGUAAGGAUGCUGUUGUGAGUCUAAGAACCCCAGGGAGAUGAGUGAGGGACAUAAGAAACUGCCUUCUGCAGAGUCGAGCCCAUCUAGUUCAGUAUUACCUACACGGGCUGGCAGCCGCUUUCUACAGGAUUUUGGAUUCCCAGCCCUACAGAUGGAUGGUGAGAGAGGAUAAGAAUUACGGAAAGGGAAAUAUGGAGGGUGUUCAACAAGUAAAUGGUGCAAUGUUUCCACACUGCUAGCUAGGAUUGUCCUGUCUUGUCAACUUAAUUGGGUACCCCAUAGUUAUUGUAUGAAAUAGGAAGUGAAUAUCUAUGUCCGUUUUCAGCAUGCCGCAGGUCUUAAAGCAAAGGGUGGUCUGUCUGGGGGAGAGGAAAACCAGGACAUGGUUAAAGCCACAGAGUCUGCGUUCGUAUCAGUCUUAAGACGCAAAGGGAUUGGUGGUAACUACCAGGAAUAAACUUGGAAAUGAGAUUUCAGUGGCCCAGGGUUUGCGCAGGGAUCUGAACUGUUAGGAUUCAAGUCUAAAAAACCUCUAGCCUCUGGUUGACUGUUUUCUACUUCAAGCAAUGUUAUAGUUGGGCUAUACUUAAUUGCAUGCAUGAGGCACGAUGGUGACAUGUUCUGCAUGUAACCCCCAUAGGGUUGCAAGGUUAGAUGAUGGUGUUUUGGGGCAGGUUUGAACCCCAGUACUUUCUCUUCAGAAUGUAAGCUCUGGGUUCUCCAACUACUACUUGAUUUUAUUACCUACUAGAGCCCUGCUGGAUCAGGUCCAUCUAGUUAGCAUCUUUUGCCAGCAGCAGCCAGACAAGCGCUCUGGAAAGCUCAUAAGUAGGGCAUGAAUCCAGCAGCCCUCCUUGUUAGUUGCCAAUAACUGGUAUCCACUGGUAGGCUUCCCCUGUAUGUGGAGGUUCUGCCUAGCUCUCAUGGCUAAAAGCUGUAUCUGUUUAUAUCCCACCUUCAUCUCCAAGAGGCUGAUGGUGGUGUGUGUGGUUCUCUCCCUUCUCAUUUAAUCUUCACAACAACCCUGUGAGGUGGGUUAGGCAGUGACUUGAACUCUCCUUUUCCCCAGGUGUUCGCAGGCCAACACACUAAAACCGCUAGGAGAGAUUAGAAGCAUCUUGAUAACAACACAGUGAUUAGUGUGCCAUGAUUUAUUCUUGACAAAUCCAUGCUGGCUCCUGCUAGGUUAAUCACUUUUUUGAUUGAGUUAUUAACUUAGCAGAUUGUGGCAAUUGCUUGAUGCAAUUUAUCUUGUUUUCAGCAAAACAGUUGACAAAAAGUUUUUGUUAAGCGUGAGCUAGAGGAUAUUACUGUUCAGUGGAUUCACAAAUGAUUGGGAAACUGUCCUCAAAGAUUGUUGAAGAACUUGGAAGAGCAAAAUGGGAGGGGGAGGUUUCGUUUGGGGUGUUGAGUCCUGGACCUGAUAUACUUUUAUGUUCUUAUCAGUGGCUACAGUACUUAGAAGAAGGGAUAGAGGGAAUCUUUAUCACAGUUUGCAGAUGGCACAAAGCUGAGAAGGAUAGCCGAAACCUCAGAAGACAGGCAUGCAGGAAAUUCUUCAAAUGCAGAGUUCCAAACUUGGGGAGGACAGGACAAAGUGAUUGAGCUGAGGACAGGGUGUGUACCUGGUUUGACAGUAGAAACAAAACUAUCUCUGGGUGGGACAUGCAUCAGAUAUCUGAAGAGCAAAAACUUGUUCUCUGCUGCCCCAGAGGGAGAAGACAAGAACCUAUAGGCUUUUAUAGGAGGGAGAUUUUCCUUGAGUGUUAAUGGAGCAGUUCAGCAAUUACCUAGAGGAGUAAUGAGCUCUCCCUCAGUGGUGGUCUCCAAGCAGAGACAGCCCUUAUUGUGACGUUAUAUUCUACUUCUCAAUUUCCAGUAUGUGGCAGGGUGUUAAACAAGAUGACUUAUGAGGCCCCCUUUAGUUCUAGGAACCUCCCCUCAUUACGUGGCUUAUAGAGAUACUUACUGGUGGCCUCAGAGUUACCUGGAGGAAUUCCUUAGGAUAUAUUUUUUAUUUAUUCCAAGGACACGUCUGAAAACUUAGUGCCAGAGUCCACUGAAGAUUUUGGAUAUCUAGAUAGUUCAUUCUAUCCCGUCAUCUCUGCAAGCCUCUCCUUAAUAUCAGCUUGUGCAAAAGCAAUCAAUGUUGCUUAUUUCCGCUUGUGUUUAAAAUGGAAAGUUGCUGUGGCCCCAGGGGCAUUCAUUGAUCACUGAUAAACUCUCCAAGCUCAAGAUCUUGCCUAUUGAAAACCUUACAGCCCACACCCAGAUGGCAGAUAUCUUCUUCUUUUGCAGGUGACUGCAUAGCCAUUCCUAUAUAUUCUCUGUGGAACGCAUCCUGUUUCUAUAAAUGAGAAACUGUAGGUGGGAGGAACUGUGGGGUUUUUUUAGUGCAAGUGAUUUUUCUUCUCCUCAUCUCGUCUGCCCCAUAUCUCAUAUUUGUGGUGUUUCGGUGGCUUUUCUAAGUCUCCAAGCUAGGGACUAAGCAGAAGUGGAUUGUAGAAGUUUAUAAUUCUGAGCAUGGUGAAAGGCAGGGGCAUUUCCCCCCCCCGUCCCCCCCCAUACCAUAAUUCUAGUCACCCAGCACAACUGAUUGGCAGUGGGGUUAAAACUUAUAAAGAGCAAUGCUGGAUAUGUGUCCUGCAAAUGUUUUCCACUUUAAAUGUCCUGUCAGAUGGGAUCAGGGCUCUCCCAGCAUGUCCCCUUAACUUAUCCUCUGCAUGUGCGUGCAGUGCCAUUUCUGACACCCAUAAGGUUUACAGUUUCUGAAGUCGCUUUUGAGUUGAAUCAAGGUCAAAGAAUCAUUUUUGAGGGUCUAGUACAAAUGGUUGCACUCUCUCUAUCCUCUGUCUCUCUUCCCCUCACAUGACAUCACAAUCCCAUAUCAUCUCGUGAUUCGCAAAAGUAAAUUUCUGUUUUGAGUUCUGAAAUUGCGUUUUCUUCAUAAAUCGCACCAUGGCUUACAAUGACCAUGGCUCAGUCAUUCCCCUAAGUCUUUCCCUCCUUUUAUCAGUUUUGUUGAACAUAACAUCCAGUCCAAAGAGGAGUCCUGCAAAAUUUGAUGUCUAGUUUGGUCAUUAACUUUUGGUUGAUCCCAAUAAAGGUAUUUGUCCUGCUUUUUGUUUUUAGAGAGAGAGGGGUUGUCGUUUUUUUAAUUACAAGAUCAGGAAACACUAGAGUAGCCCUGACUGUACUCAUUCAAUUCUAUAAAUUAUACUGAUGCAAGGACAAGUACAUACGUUAAGAACCAUACGUCAUCAAAGUUCUCUGGCUGAAGGAUUUUUGAAGUCGUUGCAAUAUAAUGCAUGCAAAAACGGAAAGUUUAAAAACCAAUCUCAUCAGAGAGUCAUUUCCAUUUGUAAAGUGAAAUAAGGCAUUAGAAGCCAUUAGUUAGAAGUGUCCUCCUUAAGGCAGGCUAUUAAAUCCAUCCUCUCCCCCUCCUUCUUAAUGCCAGCAAAUGUCAUCUUCGUUCCUGGAAUAUACCAUACUUCCUGGGGUUUUCCAAGUAAACCAGCAGUGUAUUUUCUCCCCAGGUUAUACCUUUGCUUUUGUUGGCUUCCGUGUAAGAGGAACCUUCGGCUUGACCGGUCUUUUGGCCAAAAAGACCAGGCAGAUUAGGGCCAGUUUUGUGCUUGCCUCCCUUUCCAGCUGUGUGGCAUUGUGAACACUGAUUUUCUGAACACUGAUUUUCUUGCCCUUCUCAACAUCUCCCAUGGCACGCAAAGUAGAGGAAGGGAUGCAAAGUCGUUCUGUGCCCUGUGCUGUCAGGAUUCUUCCCUGUUUUGAUUCCUUAGUCAUGUUGGCCACAUGACCCGGAAAAACUGUCUGCGGGCAAACGCCAAAGCGAGAUGAGCCACAACCCUAGAGUCCUUUGCGACUGGACUUAACUGUCAGGGGUCCUUUACCUUUAUGCAUUAAUGGGGGGGGGGCCACACAAUUUCUCUUCCUCCCCAUUCUGUGCUUUGCAUCUGCUUCUACGUUCCAGAAACAUUAAGAGCAAAAACCAAGCAAAAAAAGGUUCUCAAUCCUGAUUUUUUUUUUAAAGGGCUCUAGGCACGUUCCAUGUUGCAUUUGAAAUUCUCUUCAUUCAUUCAGCGGUGUUUUGAAUUUAAAGGCAGUUUUCUCCUACCCUAUUGCUUGGGAAUAAACAUCGUUCUACCUCGUAGAAAAUGACAACGUUUUUAAAGUAAAAAUUAUAAAAAUGACACCUAUAAUCAUGUGCUUGCCUCCAGACUACAGUGGUACCUCUAGUUAUGAACUUCAUUCAUUCCGGAGGUCCGUUCUUAACCUGAAACUGUUCUUAACUAGAGGCGUGCUUUCGCUAAUGGGGCCUCUUGCUGUUGCUGCGCUGCCAGCACACUAUUUCUGUUCUCAUCCUGGGGCAAAGUUCUCAACUCGAGGUAACUCUUCCAGGUUAGCGGAGUUUGUAACCUGAAGCAUUUGUAACCUGAGGUGUUUGUAACUCGAGGUAGCACUGUAUAAGAAAGGAUGCUAUUGCCAUGUGAGGCCACAGGCUUCCUGGGAGCCCAGAUGUGUGUGGGAACUGGCAGUGGUUGCCUAGUGGUGAGAAAAUGCACUCUGUAUGUGCUCAGAGGUGUUUUACUGACGUUACUGGGUAGGCCUAUACCUAAAUUUUCCUAUCUCGGGAGAGGUCCUGGCUGGCUGUGCAGGAUAUUUGGCUUUAAAUCCUGAAACAAGUAUGGAAUAAAGGGAAACUUGGCUUUGAGUGAGGACCUUCCUGGUAGUGGCACCCCGUUUGUGGAAAACCCACCCCAAAAAGGCCUGCCAGCACCUUCUUUGAAUUGUAACCCACUGUUUACAUGUUAUGUCAUGCUGUGAAACUGAGUUUAUCUCUCUGCUGACCAUUUUUACUGCAUUUUCAUAAAUGGAUUAUAUAUCCACAUAGAGAACAAGGUUGUUUGGCAGCUGUAUAAAUGCCACCAAUAGCUGUUUCUCGCCGAACUUUUUCACACUCCUGAAAUUCAGAGAAGCUUUGAACGCCAACCGGCUUUCAAAAGAGGAAUAGUCUUAAGGCCAGAAAUAGUGGUGGCAACCUUAUGUUGAGGCAGUUCAAAUAACUGUAUUGGAGGCACAAUUGACUUGUUAUGCUAAAAUCGUCUCCUGUGAUCUCCAGGAGAUCUGAGGGCCUUUGCAGCUUUGGGGCUGUUGUUUGGCCAGCCUGCUCCAGAAGGGAGUUCAUACCUGCACCAAAUAAAUAUUUUAAAAAUGCUAAAAGGGGCGAUUCUAGAAGUUUUGCGUUUCUCGAAGUGUUGCUGAACAGGCAUUCUUUAUUGGGUGCAAAAGAUCUUAUCUGCAAUGCGAGCCGAACCCUGCCCAGAGGUAUCUGCACUUGGGUCCAGUCAGUAUCUGUCCCCUUGCCCAAAGAUCAAUGGAAGUGGGAUGGGCGGGGGAACACAAAAGACCCUUUUAAUCCCCUUUUGCUCUUUCUGAAGGGGGAAGGACAACACCACCUUUUCUAGAAGAAGGCAAAAUUGUCAGAAGGCAAAAGUUUUCACUGAUGAUGUUGCCAGGGUGGGGUAUGGGGGGGGGGCACGAGAAGGGCCCCAGCUCAUCUUUCAGGCUGUUUACCCUGCUGUGCUGAUCAAGCUACAGCUUUUAAGCUGGUUUUUCACUCUUUCCCCCCUACCCUAGUUUUUGGGUGUGUGUGUUGAGGGGGGGAGCGCAGGGGAUUGGCUCUGCUGCUACCUCUCAGGUUCCAAAAUCCUGUCAUGUUUUUUAAAAACGAGAAAAUUGGGUGGGAGGGAAAUGGUGCCUCCAACCACAAUUACUAUUACUUCUUGUUCUUAAUACACAUUCAUUCCAAAGUUACACUUCAUCUUUGUCCACUGCCAUAAUAUCACAGAACGAUCGCGCCAGUCCUCAGUCCCUCAUCACUGUCCUGUUGGCUCGACAAAUACCCUCAAUAGGAACCCAAUUACCGAUCUGAUUUACUGUUACUGUGCUGGACUUUUCCUGUAUCUCUCCAGCCUUUCUUGAUCCAUCUUCGCGUAAAAAAAUCUGGCUUUGGCCGCAUUCGCCUCACACAUUUAAAGCGCUACGACAGUGCUUUAAUAAAGAGUAAUGGUUUUCCCCAAAGGAUCCUGGGAGCUGUCAUUUGUUAUGGGUGCUGAGAGUUGUGUCAGGAGACCCCCUAUUCCCCCUCACAGAACUACAUUUCCCAGCUUUCCCUGGAAAGAGGGACUGAUUGUUAAACCACUCUGGGAAUUGUAGCUCUGUGAGGGGAAUUUGUGUGUGUGUGUGUGUGUGUGUGUGUGUGUCGCCUAACAACUCUCAGCAUCCUUAACAACAUCUUUAUAGCUGCCAUAAUUCUUGGAGGGAAGCCAUGUAUCAUAGCACUUCUGAAUGUAGUGGUCUUUAGACCAGGCAUAGGCAAAGUUGGCCCUCCAGAUGUUUUGAGACUACAAUUCCCAUCAUCCCUGACCACUGGUCCUGUUAGCUAGGGAUCAUGGGAGUUGUAGUCCCAAAACAUCUGGAAGGCCGAGUUUGCCUAUGCCUGUCUUAGACAUUCCAGGUCUUUUGACAAUGGAAGAACUCCCAGCCCUUAAUUGUGUGGGAGAUUGGCACCAAGAAAGAGGGCGCUUCCGGGUUUGCCGCAACCAUAACCCAAAGGUUCCACUGUACUUGCUUUGUACAUCCAUUUGUGAUUAAAUUUGACAAGACGUCCGAUCUUCCCUUUGUGUUCCCGAAUUAAGUUCCUUAAAUAUGCAUUUAAACUUUACUUUCUCUAUGCUAUUUGACUUACUAUAAAUUUAAUUUUAUAAAAUUAUCCUACAUACACAAUCAAUCAAGACUACAUACACAAUCAAUCAAGACUUGCCAACAGAUUGAUCUUUUGACAGUGUUCUUUUACAUAUGCUCUGUAUAUAUCCCACUCUCUGAUAAAUUUUUCAUCUGUAACGUCUCUUAACCUUGCUGAUAAUCUCGCCAGCUUGGCAUACUCUUAUUUUUUGCCAUUCUAAUUUAGAUUGGAUAUCCUCUCCCUUCCAGCCUUUUAAUAUUAGAAUUCUGGCAGCAACUGUUACAUACAUUGGCAGUGCAUUGCAGUUGAUAACAACAAGCAGACAAAUCUUCACCCAGAUCCUCAGCAGUUUUCAAGUGGUCUGUGAGGAAGAAAGUUUGGGACCCCCUGUCUUAACGGAUGUUAGAUUUCCCUGAAUUUUCCAGUUCUUAGAUAAGCAUUGAAGCAUCUCAGGUGGUUCUGUGGCUCCUAGGGCUGCUUCAAGACAUUGGUUGCCUGAGGUGUUACAACAAAUUUCACCUUGAUGUGUGGGGAGAAGCAGACUAAUAGCCAAAGUUGGCCAAAUUAUUUGAGCACCCAGUGGAGAAAAUCUCUCACUCCGGGGUCUGUCUGAUAGUUUUAUAUUUUCUUAUUCUUCAUCUUGGAAUAGAACCUAGAAGUUUAACUUACUGCAGUCUAAUUUUUGUACUUCACCCCCCCCAAAAAAAAAACCUUGUCCCUAUUUUGUUCCACUUUUUAGUUGAUCGAAGUAACAGAAUCACUCAAAUAAUGUACUUUAGAAAACUUUAAAAAAAAUAAUAAUAUGAAGUUGGAAAAUGGGGUUCCUCAUUCUCUCCUACCCCCCUUUUUUCUGGGAAGGGAUUCUGGUAAAGUUGUGAUCAGCUCUGAUGGGCCAUCAGACAGGGACACAUUCAGCUAACCGUUUGAUUCUGGCCCAAGGCUAAGGCGAUCAGCUCCUUUAGUUCAAAAACAAAACACCAAUGUGUUUGGAUUCCCCUGGUAUUUGUGAAGGAUAUGAGUUUAUCAGAGAAGCUAUUUGCUUGACUAGACUGGGAGAAAGAUCUAAUCGGUGUCUGAAGAAAGAUAACAUAUGCUAAAGACUAGUACUGCAAGUUUUAAGUGAUUAGUCAUCCUCUGCGGCAGCAGUAUAUACAAAGAAAAAUUCUUCCCUGGGGGGACUUUUCCCCACAUUGUCCCAGCACCUGCUCAUUGGCAGACCAGUCUGGGAAGUAUCCUCAGACACACACUCAGUUCAGUUACUUAAUCUGUCCCUGUGGAAAAACUGGUCUGACUACCAAGGAACUGACUGCCAUGUGGAUUCCGGUAUCAUCACUGAGAAAUAGGUUUAUUCAUACACGUAACCUUGUCCCAAGGCUUUUCAGGCUAAUAGGGCCUGGUAGCUGAUCAGUGUCAUUCCCUCUGCACAUGAGUAAUAUGUUUGUAUCCAGAUGCUCUAAAAAAAACAACAAGGCAGCAAUAUUCUGCCAUUAAGAGCUAAAUUAGCUUUCGACGAAGGUGAUGGACUAUAUGGAACUGGCGGAAAUGACUGGCAGAAUCUGAGACCAGGGAGAAGAGUCGAUGGAGGAAGAUUGGAAAAAGUUUAAAGAUUAUUUACAGAAAUAUUGUAAAAUUAAUGAAUGUUAAAAUGAUGCUGGAUAGAAACUAAGUGGUCUCUAGCUGAAAGGUUAUAAGGGAAGAUGAAAAAAGGGUUUAUUAGGUAAUAUGUAAAAAUCUAAAAUUACAACAUUUUUAUGAUUAAUGAUUAGGAUAUUAAAAGAGGGGAGCGAUUUGCUGAACAAAAUAAUUGAACUGGAAUACAAAAAAGGAAGGUGUGAGGAGGUCCUGGAAAUAAGUAAAUGAAGGUUAAGUAAUGGAAGGAAAGAAUUGAUUUUAAAUAUUUUUACUAUGUAUUUUUUAUAUAUUUUUUUCUUUUUUUGUGUGUGUUUUGUAAAACAUUGAAAAUUUUAAUAAAUAUCUUAUUAAAAAAAAAAGAGCUAAAUUAGCUUUGGGGUUGAGAGCCUCGGCUGUUUUGGUGAUCAACUUCUGAUAAUGCAAUGUACACUUCUAAUUCACAAAAAGUCAGUCUCUCUCUCUCUCUCUCACACUCACACACACACACACACACACACAGGGGGAGAGAGAUGCAAUCAAAAUUAUUUGACCCCCAUUGCGAAUCAGGUUUAUUACCAAAACUGCUGACUUUCAGCUGUUUGCAAGGGGCAAAUUGAACAAAAGCAAUUGAAAUAGCUACCAUGGAUGCUUCUAGUGCUUUCCCCCCAAAUUACAACUUAGGAUCCUGGCUUCUCCACUCUAUAUGCAACUAUAUAUGACCUGUCUGUUGAACGGAGUUGGUGAGAAACCUCUCAUGAGCUGAUGGCUUAGCCCAGUGGCAGGAAAGCUGUGGCGCUUGCUGCAGCUUUUGUUGUCCCUGACCACUGGCGACACUCAGUGGGCCUCAUGAGAAUUGUAGGUCAAUAGCAUGGCCACACGUUCUCUUUUUUUUAAAUGAUAUUUAUUAAAAUUUCAGAGAAUACAAGAAUUACACAAAAACAAAAAGUAAAAAUACAAGAAAAUACAAAAUACUGAAAAAAGAAUAAAAGACACUUAAAAAUAAAAAAAUAAAAAUAAAAAUGGAUCAAUCUUUCCAUAACUUACAUUCAUAUCCUUGUUUCCCUGACCUCCUCAUACCUCCCUUUUUUGUAUUCCAGUUCAAUUAGUUAAGUCAGCAAUUUCUUUCCCUCUUUGUUUUCUCAUGAUUCUUUAACUUAAUAUACUAUAACUUUAAAUUUUCAUCUGUUAUCAAUCCUUUUUUACUUCACACGUUCUCUACCCCUGGCUUAACGGGUCAGAAUCUAUAAGUCUUACUUGUUUCCUGGGGGAAUAUUGGUGGUUAACUGGUGACCAGUGGUUUAGGCUUUGAGGCCUGGGGGCCUGAGUGGGAAAGACAGCUACAACCCCUGGGUGUGAGAUGGCUGUGGUGUUAAUUUGGUGUGUUUUCCCAUAAACAAGCCGUCCCUGUUCUGUUUACCAAAGUCCACCUUUUCUCCCUCCUUUCUCCCUAGGUUCCUGUUACUACCUCAGAGGAUCUGGAAGAGUUUGCCAAGUUGCUCAAGCACAAAAGAAUCUCGCUGGGCUUUACUCAGGCAGACGUGGGACUGGCCCUGGGUCUGCUGUAUGGUGGGUAUUUUUCAGUGUUAAUUAAUUAAUAAUAAUAAUUAAUAAUACCACAAAGGAGACCUUUAAGGUGUUCAGUGUGGGAAUCCAGAAACAAGUCGAAUGCAAUGAACUUAUUCCCCUCCUGCAGAUAUGGGGGUAAUCGGGUGGAAAUGCUUAUUGGGCUGGACCAGGCACAGGCAAACUCUGCCCUCCAGCUGUUUUGGGACUACAAUUCCCAUCCUCCCUGACCACUAGUCCUCUUAGCUAGGGAUGAUGGGAGUUGUAGUCCCAAAAACAUCUGAAGGGCUGAGUUUACCUAUGCCUGGGCUGGACCAAUACAUUUUGCUGGCUGAGGCAAAGCAGCAAGUUGCAUAUUUCUUCUGCCUGAAGCCAAGGUGCAUAUAUACUAGUGGUGGAUGGGCUGUUAAAGGAGGGGUUGUGCCUCUGAUGGGGGAAACAUCGUGCUCCUUCUGGGGUAGUUUUUCUGCCGUUGGUCGUCCCCCCCCACCUCAUCUCUCACCCGUGGCUCCCAGAAGCUGUCAGCAUGCAACGGAUCAGGCAUAGGCAAACUCGGCUCUCCAGAUGUUUUGGGACUACAAUUCCCAUGAUCCCUAGCUAACAGGACCAGUGGUCAGGGAGCGAUGGGAAUUGUAGUCCCAAAACAUCUGGAGGGCCAAGUUUGCCUAUGUCUGCAACAGAUGGUUGGAUGGCUCCUUCCAAAAACUCCUGCAGUCAAGCUGGUGCCAAAUGUAUGACUCUGCUUUCCUUUGGACCACAUCAGGGAGGCCAAGAGGGGUGUAUCUGGGCAGCCCAGGACCUUUAGACACACUUCCCAGGCUUCCCCCUACCCCCGGGGAAGGCCUGGGUGGAAAAAUAAGCCUGUGGCUAGUGGUGAAAACUCACAAGAGUUAUCACAGAUCCCUCCUUUGGAGGCAACUGAACCAAAAAUGGCUGCCUCCAAUCUUGGGCUGCCUCUGAUCUGAGUCUAGGCUGUGCUUUUCAUUCUUCUUCUUCUUCUUCUUCUUCUUCUUAUAUUUUAUUUAUACCCCGCCCUCCCCACCCAAGACCGGGCUCAGGGCAGCUAACACCGGUAUAAAAACAAUUGAUUGAAAUACAACUUAAAAACAAGAUUAAAACACAACGCUAAAAUGCCACCUCAUUUCAGUAGGAACUCAAAUCAAAAACUUUUUUUGGGAUGAAAACGUCAAGUCUUCACCAAGGCCAACUAUCCAGACUGGUCCUACGUGGACCAGAAAAAAGCCAGCGAAGUCCCCAAUUAUCAUGCAGAGUUAUAGUUCCUGUUGCAUUGCCUACCUACCUCUGCUUCUAGCGCACUCCCUGCAUUCCUGUCCCCAAAUCUGGUUUUUGCCUGUCUUCUUCUUUUCUCCCUCCCGCAGGGAAGAUGUUCAGCCAGACCACGAUCUGCCGCUUCGAAGCCUUGCAGCUCAGCUUCAAGAACAUGUGCAAACUGAAGCCCCUCCUCCAGCGCUGGCUGGAAGAGGCUGAUUCCAACGAGAAUUUGCAGGAGGUGAGCCUUCUGGAGAGAGGGAGAUGAAUGGCGUGUCCCUGGGGCUGGGGAGAAGUCUUCGUCCGGGUUGCUAAAUUAUUAUUAUCAAACCAUUGCUUGCUACCCUAAUUGGGGCUGCGCAGAGUUGCUUUGGCAAUAUUGAUUGGCUUCUGCCCCAAAGAGCUUAGGCUGUAUACCUGAAGGCUGUAUACCCCCAUUGUUCAGCCCGGACACUGAGAUCCAGCGCCGAGGGCCUUCUGGCGGUUCCCUCAUUGUGAGAAGCGAAGUUACAGGGAACCAGACACAGGGCCUUCUCGGUAGUGGCGCCCACCCUGUGGAACACCCUCCCUUCAGAUGUGAAGGAAAUAAGCAGCUAUCUUCUCUUUAAAAGACAUCUGAAGGCAGCCCUGUUUAGGGAAGUUUUUAAUAUUGAAUGCUGUAUUGUUUUUAACACUUGAUUGGGAGCCACCCAGAGUGGCUGGGGAAACUCAGCCAGAUGGGCGGGGUAUAAAUAAUAAUUUAUUAUUAUUAUAUUAUUAUAUCCAGCUAAAUCAGGGGUCGGCAAGGUUUACCUUGCCUGGGCCGGUUCACUCCAGUGGAGAUCCCGGAUUGCAUGCGUGUGAGUGUGCGCACGCCUGCAAUUAUCUGUGUCUGCGCAGUCGCGAUUUCCGGCGCUGCGGUAGUGAGUCCCUGCACUGUGCUGCGCCAGUUUAGUACAGCGCACGGGGACUCGCCGAGAAGGUGGCUCGGUUUGGGGGCAGCUCGUGGGCUGGUUAAACGACCCCCAUGGGCUGCUUGUAGCCCAUGGGCCUUAGGUUGCCUACCCCUGAGCUAAGUCAUUGCACACACCAUUCUGCGAGUGCAGCAGAAUUCAUUUCCCUCUUAUCUCCCUGCACUUCCCGAAAAUUAUACCAGAGUGUAGGGAGGGAAACCCUAGAGCAAAUCUAAGGGGUGCAGCGGCGGCAGGAGGAAGGAAAAGGAGGGAUAGUUGCUAUGCGCUCACAGAAGUUGUUUUCCACAUGCGAUGAUUUGGUCCGAUGCAACUCAUUCAUUCUAAAAUAUGUUGCCCCAAAGAGAUUACAGUCCAAAACAGUGAUAAAAAUGUAUUAAAUGUAUAAGCCAGAAGUGUAUUAAAUUUAUAAGCGAGAAGUGAGGUUACAGGGAACCAGGCAGAGGGCCUUCUCGGUGGCGGCGCCUGCCCUGUGGAACGCCCUCCCACCAGAUGUCAAGGAAAUAAGCAACUACCUGACUUUUAGAAGACAUCUCAAGGCAGCCCUGUUUAGGGAAGUUUUUAAAUAUUUGAUGUUUUAUUGUGCUUUUAAUUCUGUUGGGAGCCGCCCAGAGUGGCUGGGGAAACCCAGCCAGAUAGGCGGGGUAAUAAUGAAUUAUUAUUAUGGAAAUAUAAAGGUGGUAUGCAGAACCAAUUGCAGAUGCUGCUACAGCAAUAAAAAUACAGGGCCAGUAACUUCUAAGUGGAGGGAAAGAUGAGGUUAUCUAGGGGGCACUGUGGACAAGUACUAUCUUAAGGCUUCAUCAUCACAUUUGGGAGUGAGGCUGAAGAGAAAAUGACAAAGCCGACGAAGGAAAAGUGGAUUUGAAGGAGGUGAAGGGGAUACCAUUUGCACAUCUCGAGGGGGGCAGUUUAAUGUUCAGGGAUAAGGAGACUGGGCAAAGUUGUUUAAGGGGCCUGGAUACUUUUUUUGAGGGGGUGAAGGUCAUGGGCAGAGAUCAGGGCCUGAUUUAGGUUUGAUGAGGCCAUAAGCUACUGAAGGUAACAGGGCCCUUUAUAUGUCCAGCCGUCCUUUGUCAACAACAAAGUGUCGCUGUUUUUUGUGUUGAAUAUAUGCUAUAUGGUAAUUUAUGGACCUAAUAGGUAUCUAAAGCCAUUUGCACAUAUCAAAAUAUGUAUUUUAUCAAAGUAAUUGCUGAACUGAAAUACAAUUAAGAAGUAUAUUAAUAGUGAAAUGGGGGGGGGGGACCUAAGCUAUAGCUUGUUUAGCUUAUAUCCGGCACUGGCAGAGAUACAAGAAGCAAAGAUAGGCUUUGGAAAGUAAGGCAAGGAGUCCAUGCUAAAGAAGGGAAGCCAGUAACUGACUAGAAAAAGACUAUCUGCUUAUUAUUAUUUAUUUCAUGAAACUUAUACGCCGCUUGAUUUGAGGGUUUGAUUUCUUAUUUUUUUUUACAAAAUAUAAAAGAGCCAAAACAACAACAACCCAGUGUUGUGGGCAGAGUGAUAGGAGAGCUAAAUUAUGUUGGCAGUGGAGUUAGAGACCGAGAUGCGACUGUGCCAGGCCAGGGAGAAGGAGGAUGAACAGACUAUUAACCAGAACUUUAGCUUAUAAGAAUAGAGGAAGGAUGUGUGUGUGGAGUUCGCAAUACUGUGGGAGAAGAAGGGCUACAAUUUGGCAAAUGUGAGUUUGUGGUGUGUAAGGGGAGACGAAAUGAAUCCAAGGCUGGUCUUGAUGAUGAUGAUGAUGAUGAUGAUGAUAGUAAUAAUAAUAGUAAUAAUAAAUAUUUAUACCUCGCCCAUCUGGCUGGGCUUCCCCAGCCACUCUGGGUGGCUUCCAACACAAUAUUAAAAUACAGUAAUGCAUCAAAUGUUAAAAGCUUCCCUAAACGCCAAGAGAAAGCUCAGAGGCGAUCACUUGGGGAGAAAAUCAUUCGAACUAGGAAAUCUUAACUUCACAUUGUGUAUUGUACACCCCGUGCUGGUCCUUCCUAGCAGAAAUGCCACCAUCCGUCCCCAAAAGUGAAGCGUCAUGGGCUUUGGGCAGCCUCAAUAUUUGCAGAAGUACAACCCUUAUAAAGAAAGCAAAGAACACCUUAAGCCUGAGGAGGACGGCAACAACUAAAACAGCCCAGUGGGGGCUGAGGACAUAAGUUGGGCCAUACUGGGUUAGGCCAGGUAUGUAGGAAUAUGAGAGGAAGAGAGGGGAAGCAUUUCAGAAUUUAAAGAGCAAGGAAAGCUGGGGGGGGGGGCAUCUGGGGAAAUGGUGGUAUAUGAAGGGCUUAGAACAGAUUGAAGCACAGUGGACAAUUCCGAUAUUGCGGAGGGGGAGAAUGGACCAGAGUAGAACAUCAAAGGUAAAAGAGGCUCUAAGGUAAAGGUAAAGGGACCCCUGACCAUUAGGUCCAGUUGCGGAUGAUUCUGGGUUGCGACGCUCAUCUCGCUUUACUGGCCGAGGGAGCUGGGGUACAGCUUCCGAGUCAUGUGGCCAGCAUGACUAAGCCGCAUCUGGCGAACCAGAGCAGCGCACGGAUACGCCGUUUACCUUCCCGCCAGAGCGGUGCCUAUUUAUCUAUUUGCACUUUGACGUGCUUUCGAACUGCUAGGUUGGCAGGAGCUGGGAUCAAGCAACAGGAGCUCACCCUGUCGCAGGGAUUUGAACCGCCGACCUUCUGAUCGGCAAGUCCUAGGCUCUGUGGUUUAAUCCAAAGCACCACCCGCAUCCUAAAAGAGGCUCUAGGAUUUGCCAAAAUGGCUAUCGAUCAGGGUGGCGUAGCAAUGUUGGUUGGUUGGCCAGCCAGCCCAGAGGGUGAAUAUACUUGAGUCAUUUGACCGUGGCUUACAUUGGGAGGGAGUUAUCGAGGCUCCCAGCGCCUCCCUGUGGCUAUGUCAGUGAGCGCACACAGGAGGAGCGUGGAAGAGUCUGCUCAGUCACUGAUGGGAAGGGUGGGUUGCUGUGGGUCUGGGUUGUGGGUUUGGCACCAUCACCAAACAUGGCUAUCCCUUGUGCAGCAGCUGUGCUCCAUGGAGUCUGCCAUGAUCCAAGCCCGGAAACGUAAACGUACCAGCAUUGAGAACAGCGUGCGGGGCACCCUCGAGUCUUACUUCCUGCGCUGCCCCAAGCCCAACGUGGACGAGAUCGAGCAGAUUGCUGAUAACCUCAGCCUGGAGAAGGAUGUGAGUGACACCCAUCUUUCUUCACCUUCCCAAGCACCUGCUACUUCACUACUCCUGGCAAAUAAAAAUAAAAAAAUCUUUUGCCAUCAAAAUGAGCCCAGUCCAACAUGACGGGCUCAAGCUCCUUACAGUGAGCUAGGAAGGGAAAGAGACACACCCUUCUGAGUCACAGUUCGAUUUUAGGUGAUGAAACUAGAUACUUUAACCUAGUGCAGGGGUGCCCAAACUCAAAGAGGGCCAGAUUUGAUGAAGUGAACAUGCGUGAGGGCCGACCAAAGUUGUUGACCUUUUUUAAGGAUUGAGGUUGUUGAGCUUUUAAGAUUGAAGUUUUUUUUUGAGAUUUUACCCCAGGAAAUAAACUGCCACAGGGGCCAGAUUAAACUUGACCAGUGGGUCAGAUUAGGCCCUCAAAACAGACUUUGGACAUGCCUGUCCUAGUUCAUCCCAAACCGCCUCUCCCUUGACCACUGGAUAUUUGCUGAGGGUCUUGGUAGGCUAUUUAGCUAUUGCACCCUCCGUUCUUCACGCAUGCAUACGACACCCAUGUUCUUCGCAAACAGAUGCACAUAACUCCAUCAAGUUGCCACUGCAGACCACUUAAGCGAAUCUCACAGACCACUAGUGGCCUGCGGAUUUCACUUUAGGAACUGCUGCAAUAGAGAAUUAGAUUUAUGUUGCAAGUCGCCGGCAGGUGGUUAACUAUCGCUUCCAGUUCCAAGUGUUCAGCACUGAAUUCAUGCUCUGAAAAUGUUGAGACCUACCUGCGUGAACUUAAGAGCUGCCUUUGCACAGGAUAAGGCCAAGGGUCUAGAGUGGGCUUCCCUAACCUGUUGCCCUCCAGAUAUUUUGGGCUCCAUCAGCCCCGACUGUUUGCUCUGCUGCCUCAGGCUGAUGGGCACCACGGUGGUAUAUACUGGCUUAGUGUUUUGAUUCCAACCUUCCCAAUGCCUCUUACAAGGGAGAUAUGAAGGGAGCAGCCUACACACACACACACACACACACACACACACACACACACUCUCACUCUAUGCUUGCCUUCACUAUCUGGUAUUCAGGAGUGUCUAAAUACCCACUUAGCUAUGAUGGAGAUUCAGAGGUAACUUAACUUCCCCUUUUAGCUGUGAUGCCUAACCUAAGCUGUUCACCACCACCAUUUUGACUGUAUUCCACAAGAUUGUGCGAAGUAUUUCCACUUGUCAGUUCUUAACCUACUGCCAGUCAAUCUAAUAAAUUAAUCCCCUGCUCUGGUAUUUUGUAGGGAGGGUAUAAUAUUUAUCUACUGAUUUGUUGCCAUUUAUAAUAUAUCCACCUCUAUCCUGCCCCCAUGAAUGCUCAUUCAUUCAUUGCAAUUAUUUCCCACCUUUCAGCUGUGAAAGCCCUCAGAGCAGCUUACAAAUCAAUUAAAAAAAAAAAAGCAGCCACUCCUCAGGCUUACAGUGUCCAAAAAGACAUAACUCAAAAGAAAAAAGGACUGGAUGAUAAAUGAGCAAAAUUCACACCCAAAUCGCUGCAUUUGGGGUUGGACAGCAAAUGGUUUCUGCAAAUCUUGGGGUUCUGCCACCUGGGGCCAGAUCUGAACAUGCAGAUUUAAUUAUUGUUUGUUAAAAUAAUGCCUUUUUUUAAAAAAGAAAAAAUCGCUUCUGACGUUUAUUAUUCAACAAGCAAAACGUGCAAGCAACACAAGUCCCAGCACUCCCGACUUUAGAGUUGGGGACUGAGGCCAAGGAGUGUGGGAGGUCAUUCCAAGAGACUUGUGUUCCUGUUCUGCAAUGCCCAAGAGAGAAGGUCUUGCAGAACCCUCUGGGGAGACGAGAAAUGGCAGGAAGGAGGUGUGGGUCAAGACGGAGGACGUUGCCUUGGCAGUAACCUAUAUAUGUCAUCUUCUUUUCUCCCCCUUUGCCCGCACCCUUGUAGGUUGUCCGCGUCUGGUUCUGCAACCGUCGCCAGAAGGGCAGGCGCAACUUAGGGGCUGGCUCGCGGGAUGAUUACGACGGGCCGGCCCUACCGCCUCCCUUCCCUCAUGGCGCACGCCAGGCUCCGCCCCCCGGGCUCGGCCCUGCCCACCACCAGCUGGGCCCACCCCACCAGGGCUACAAUGGCGCUGCCUUCGCUGCCCUGUACCUGCCCCCAUUCCACGAAGGGGACGCCUUCGUUCCUUCCCCCUCUGGCUCUGCCGUCAUGGGCCACCCAAUGCAUUCGAGCUGAAGAGACCCUCCCCCCCUUUAAACAAGCUUCUCCUUCCUAAGCCUUGGUCGGGAAGGAGGCUCUCUUGCUACUUCCCUGCUUUCUAACUAAGGAGCCUUUAAGAAAGGGCUUGUCUAAUUUUCGUCUUUUAUUUUUUGCUUUUUAAAUCAGGCAUGCAGGACUUCUUGGCGGCAUUGCAAUCUUGAGGGGAAACAGGCGAGGCAUCUAGCUUUUUAUCGUAACCGUGGCUUUAAAUUGCCGCUCAUCACAUUCCCGAGGCGAGAAAAUUGUGCCCCUAGAACAGGCAUAGGCAACUUUCGGCCCUUGAGACUACAAUUCCCAUCAUCCCUGACCACUGGUCCUGUUAGCUAGGGAUCAUGGGAGUUGUAGGCCAAAACAUCUGGAGCGCCGAAGGUUGCCUAUGCCUGCCCUAGAAGCAUCAAUGGGGACUUUUAACAAAAAGAGUUCUAGUUUGCUGGAGCCAUCUUUUUAAUCUCCAUUGUAUCACUACAAUUGUAAUCUGGACAUCAGCUCUCUCUCUCCCCCCCCCCCCAAGACUGAAAGAAUUGACAGCAGCCUUUGCCAACCUGCUGCUGUCCAGAUGUUUGGACUACCAUCAGUCCCAGUCAAGUCUUGGUCUGAUGGGACUCGUAGUCCAAAACAUCUGGACAGCACCGGGUUGGGAAAGCAGUCGGAGAAGAAUCGUGCUUUUAAGUUCAGCAUUUUAAAGAAGCAUUCUCCUGUUGAGAUCAGUGAGGCUUAGAAGUGCUUUAACAAUGGCCUGGUAUACAAUUAGCAGUUGAGAUGCAAAACUUAACACUUUGAUUCUGCAGCUGACAACUGGGUAGUUCAGUUUUCCUCCAUGCAACAAAAAUCCCCUGGGGAGAAGGAUAAUACUUCCUUCGACGAAAGAACUGUACAGAAGUCUGCAGUCCAGAGAGUUUAUAGAAUGUGGUGUCCUCUUCUGCAUUAACUAGGGCCAGUGAUUAGGUUGUAGCAACCUUUCUAGAAAACCUAGGUUAGCAGGUCCCCAGGAAUCCUUUUAAUCUGGAAUGUCUCCUGAAAUGGAUUCUCUUUUAGGCCUCCUGUCACACUGUCAAACCUCAAAGUAGAUUUCGUUCUAGGCGCUGACUUCCUCUCUUGAGCAAAGAAUGCAAAGUUAGUUUUGAAACCAAAGUUAGUUUAGAAAUUUGUGUGUGCGGGAGACUGAUUGGAAGAGAUUGGGAUUCAUGAAUGCAUGUCUUUUCCUGAAAAUUUAGGGUGGUCCUUUUGGUGCUCUAGCACAGUUUUCAUUUGUCCCUUUUUUAGAAAUACCUUGCCUCGUUCACAAAUUGCGGCAAACGUCUGAAACAAUUAUUUUAAAAGAGAAAACAGUGAGAGGCAUUUGAUUUCCUCUUCACUCCCUUUCCCAUUUAUUUGCUACUCAGUAUUUACUGUUGCCUCUAGUAUGGAAAAAGCACGGUUGUUGUAGUGGUGUUCUUAAAAAUAAAAUGAUCCGUAACAAUUUGGUCUCUUAUCUGAACUGUAUGCAUGCCAUUUCUCAUAACAGACCCCUAUUAAAAAAAAUAAAAUGCCAAUCAUACUCGUGUG